AUUUAUAGUCAGCCCUUUGCCUUCUACGUUUAGGUCCCUAGCCUCCGGUGUCAUUGGUGAAUGACCGGAGAUGUCGCAUAGUAGAUUGUUUGCCCGGCUGCUCUUGCAGCAAAAUGGAGUAAGGAGCUGUUAUACUGCUUCAAGAAAGAACCUCUACAUUGAUAAAGACACCAAGGUCAUUUGCCAAGGCUUCACGGGGAAGCAGGGGACGUUUCACAGCCAGCAGGCAAUCGACUAUGGCUCCCGGCUAGUCGGUGGCGUAUCCCCCGGCAAGGGGGGGAGGACACACCUCGGCGUGCCCGUCUUCAACUCUGUCAAGGAGGCGAGAGAGGGCACCGGGGCAGAGGCCACAGUGAUCUACGUGCCCCCUCCGUUCGCGGGUGCCGCCAUCAUUGAGGCCAUUGACGCCGGCAUGCCCCUGGUGGUGUGCAUCACAGAGGGCAUCCCCCAGCAGGACAUGGUCAGGGUCAAACACAAGCUGCUGCGCCAGAGCACCACCCGCCUGAUCGGCCCCAACUGCCCCGGAGUUAUUAAUCCGGGAGAAUGCAAAAUCGGGAUCAUGCCGGGCCACAUUCACAAGAAAGGAAGGAUUGGCAUUGUCUCAAGGUCGGGAACUCUCACAUACGAAGCUGUGCACCAGACUACACAAGUUGGCCUGGGACAGUCUCUCUGCAUCGGCAUCGGUGGGGACCCCUUCAAUGGGACAAAUUUCAUCGACUGCCUGGAGGUGUUCCUGCAGGACCCCAAGACUGACGGCAUCAUCCUGAUCGGCGAGAUCGGCGGCAACGCCGAGGAGAAUGCUGCCGAUUACCUCAAACAGCACAACUCUGGAGCGAAUGCCAAGCCUGUGGUGUCUUUCAUCGCCGGGCUCACUGCCCCGCCGGGCCGUAGGAUGGGUCACGCCGGUGCCAUCAUCGCAGGGGGCAAGGGCGGAGCCAAAGAGAAGAUUGCCGCCCUACAGCAGGCGGGCGUUGUGGUCAGCAUGUCCCCUGCCCAGCUGGGCAGCACCAUGUUCAAGGAGUUUGAGAAGAGGAAGAUGUUGUAAACUGCGAGAGGCAACACCCCCCCCCAUCUCCCCUAACGAAGCCGAGCACCCUGAUUUUGAGGUCGCACUGCUCUCCAGCGUCCUACAACUU